AUGGUUCAGAGGUACUGCCCAAUGCUGCCAUCGCAAGCCUCCCUCAGUGGAGGCGAGAAGGCGGAUGGGUCAUCUGAUGGGCAGGCAUUGACGCGACGUACAAGUAAACUGGAUGCUCGGUCUGCAAUCAGUCGGAUGGUUGUUGUGUCAAGUGACGGUGCCUCCUCAUCAUCAACGCCAAUUGUUGGUGCUCCCUCUCCACCGUUGCAACCGGUCUGUGCUCGUGCUGACUCUCAAAUGGAGUGGUGUGGAAUUGUGACCCACCCCUUGGUCGAGGCAAUGAUUCAAGUGAUCAAGUGCAGCAUCGUGCCACCAGCGCCACUUCAUGAUCCUUCAGCACCAUGCCAGGUGUUGACCCUAGUACGUCCGUGCGUUGUGGACAACCUCCUUACUCUGCAAUCCUUGGACGCAGUAGUGCUCACUUUCGAAACAGUCCAGCAUGGUGCUCAACAGGCAGUCCGCAUGCUCUCGUGGAAGCACGUA